CUGAAAGGAUCGUCGCUUGUAAAUUCAUAUAAAUAUAUAUAUUAAUAUAAAAUUAUAUAAAUAAAUAUCUAUAUAUUUACAUUUCUUGUUUAUCCCUCACGUUUACGACUUGUUUUAAUUUUUUCGUUUGUCGAAAUCAUUUUUCAAGAAAAAAGUGUGAAUUUUCCCGGACCGUACUUACUUACUCGCACGAGAAGCAACAAGGAUUGUAAACCACCGUUACCAAGAAGAAGCAGCAGAAACUUUUGGAUUUUAAUUUAAUUAAAUCUGCAAAAAAAAAAAUUCGUGUGCAUAUAAUUAAAUUUUUUGAAAAAAAAUUAUUGCUGCCGAUCACAGAACACAUCACACAGAAGUGAAAUUUCUCGACUUUUACGACAAAAAAAUAAAAAUAUAAAGUCAGACAAAAGUGUGAAAAACAAAUAUUUAAUUUCCUAAAAUAAACAACAUUUUACUGCAUUAGAAGUGAAUAUUCACGAGUUACGCUGGACAUAGAAAACGAGAGAGAAAAGUGCAUUAAAUCAUUGACUCUUACGCGCAAAUAAAGAUUGAUUUGAAGGCAAACAAAAAAGAUUACUUGUUUUGGAUACUCUCGACUCCAGUCUCUUGCAAAAAAAUAAACAAAAGACAGACAUCUGAGCAAAAAAAAAAAAAUAAAAUAAAAAGGUGUAAUUUUCAUCCAGAUAAGCAGCAACGACGCAGGAGAGUGAAAAACAGUUGACAAUACACACGCACAACAGAUAAAUUUGUAACAAAGGCCUCGUAUAAUAAAAAUUUAUUUUAAAUCUGAAUCCAACAGAGACAUAAGUUUAAAAAGUAAUUAAGAAAGAAAGAAAGUAAAAUAAAGAAGAAUUAAUACAACGACCAUUAUAAUAAUAAAAGAAAUUGUAAAAUACGUAGGAUCAAGUGAAACGAUAUAAAAAAAAAAUAAAUAAAUUAAAUUAAAAACACACAUUUAUAAAAAAGUGCAAAUAAUAUUCUAAAUGUUUUAAAAAGUAAUCAUAUAUAUUAAAUCUAAAAAUAUAUAUAAUAAAAAAAAGUCAUUAUAUUUACAUAAAAAAGUCAUCUUCGUAUUAUCCGUAAGACAUAAAAAAAGCAAGCAAAAUAGAAGACACAAUGUUGAUGCAAGUCGCACCUGAAACCGAAGCCGCAUUAUCUGCGCUCGCCAAUUCGCCCGCCGCUGCCGCCACACUCGCUGGCACCGUGCAACAAAAAGACACAACAUGGACAAAAUUAUUUGUCGGCGGAUUACCAUAUCACACAACAGACAAGAGCUUACGCGAGCACUUUUCCGUGUACGGCGAGAUUGAAGAGGCUGUCGUUAUUACCGAUAGGCAAACAAACAAAAGUCGUGGAUAUGGAUUUGUGAUUAUGGGAGAUCGUGCUAGUGCUGAGCGUGCAUGCAAGGAGCCCAAUCCCAUCAUCGAUGGCAGAAAAGCUAACGUCAAUUUGGCCAUUUUGGGCGCCAAGCCGAGAGGAAAUCUCACACCAGGAUUCCCCUUUGCUGCGGCUGCUGCCGGACUUAGAGCAGGAUAUCCGGUCCUACCAAACCAAUUUGGAGUUCCUCCAUCGUACAUUUACUCGCCAUAUUUGGCUGCGAAUGCCGGAACUGCUGCAGCUGCCGCGACAGGAGCCAAUGCCGCUGGAUUAGUCCCUCUGCAAGCAACGCAAUUGUCACAUGCAGCUGCCAUUGCUGCCGCUACGAACCAAUUUUACGAAUAUCAGAACGCAUUAGCAACUGCUGCUGCCGCCCCCUAUCCAGGACAAUACAGCGGAUUUGAAUAUCCCUAUCAAGCUGCUGCUGCAACUGGUGCCGCAACUGCUGGAGCCGCCCAAUACAUGACCCAAUAUCAAUAUGCCACCUUACCUCAAACGACUGGAUUCCCCGGACUCUCUGCGUAUCAAGGUGCUGGCGAAGCUAGACUUCAAUAAUAUUAGCAAAAUUGGAUGACCUCUCUUCCGGCUCCUGCAAGGCUGCAAGGAAAAAAGGAUGACGUCAUCAUGCAGGUUAAAUUAUUUUAACAACAAUCAUUUAUAAUUAUAACGCA